ACCUUUUUGGGAUCGUGCUCAUGAUACUGAGCUGAUUAUUGAUAUUUGUGAUGGCUUACGUCCUUCAAUUGGUGAUAUAGUAGCACCUGAAGGUUAUAUUGAGCUAAUGAAAGAAUGCUGGGACCCUGAUCCAAAUAAAAGGCCAAUAUCUAGAAAUAUUUAUAAUAUUGCUAAAAUUUUCCCACGAGUUACCAAUAGCGUAGCGAUGGAUCUUUUAUCUAACAAACAUGCAACAUUGAAUAUCAUCAAUGUUCAAGGCAAAGAUCGUGACGAGUCACUUCCUAAAAUUAUCCUGGAUUGGAGUUUUAUGCGAUUUGAAAGCAAAAAUCAACAAGUCCUUGAAUGCAUUGGAGAAGAAGGUCGACAAGGUUGCUACUUCUCCACCAGUCAGCAAACCCACCGGGAAGCCAGCGAAAAUCAAGCUGGUAAAAGAAGAAAAAUAACCUGGGAAUUCAAUCAUGGCUUCUAUAAUAUAUUAAGGUAA